ACCCCCACCGCAAGCCUGACCAGGGAUAAACUGGCGGCUCUGUCACCGCACCCUGUAGCUACGGAGCCGGAGCCCGGCGGCACACAGCUCAGCCCAACCCUGACCCGCUGCAGACUAGGACCCCCAGCCUUUGGAACUCGAAAGCGGCGCUCGUGGCUCCGGUAACUGCCUCCCGGUCCUCGCCCCAGACUACAAGUGCCGUCACCAAGGAACUUGGAGAUCCUUUCAGAAUGCCAGAGGAAAGUUCUCCCAGGAGGACUCCACAGAGUGUUCCAUAUCAGGACCUGCCUCAUUUGGUCAAUGCUGAUGGACAGUACCUCUUCUGCAGGUACUGGAAACCCACUGGCACUCCCAAAGCCCUCAUCUUUGUGUCCCAUGGAGCCGGGGAGCACUGUGGCCGCUAUGAUGAGCUGGCUCAGAUGCUAGUGGGACUGGAGCUUCUGGUGUUCGCCCAUGACCAUGCUCUGCAGCCCCAGAGUCCUUAUUCUCUGCCUCCCUGCAAAGGUGACGAAGAUGUUCUUCCUCCUGACACUUCCUGGAGCCCAGUUGGCCAUGGACAGAGCGAAGGGGAGAGGAUGGUAGUGUCCGACUUCCAUGUUUUCAUCAGAGAUGUGUUACAGCAUGUGGACAUCAUGCAGAAAGACUACCCAGGGCUUCCUGUCUUCCUUCUGGGCCACUCCAUGGGAGGUGCCAUUGCCAUCCUCACAGCUGCAGAGAAGCCAGGCCACUUCUCAGGCAUGGUUCUCAUUUCACCUCUGGUUCUGGCCAAUCCUGAGUCUGCAACAACAUUCAAGGUCCUGGCAGCAAAAGUUCUCAACCUUGUCCUGCCAAACAUGUCCCUGGGCCCGAUCGAUGCCAGCGUGCUCUCUCGGAAUAAGACAGAGCUCCAAGAAGGCAGUCUUGUUACCAGUAUUUGCAUUUGUGGAAGCUUGGGCCCAGACAAGGUCGACCUUUAUAACACAGACCCCCUCAUCUGCCGAGCAGGACUGAAAGUGUGCUUUGGCAUCCAGCUACUCAAUGCUGUCUCAAGGGUGGAGCGGGCCCUCCCCAAGCUGACCUUGCCCUUCCUCCUGCUCCAGGGCUCUGCUGACCGCCUGUGCGACAGCAAAGGGGCCUACUUGCUCAUGGAGUCCGCCAAGAGCCAGGACAAGACACUCAAGAUUUAUGAAGGUGCCUACCACGUUCUCCACAAAGAGCUUCCUGAAGUAACCAACUCCGUCUUCCAUGAAAUAAACAUGUGGGUCUCUCAAAGGACAGCGGCAGCGAGAACAGGGUCCCUACCCUAAGCACAUUGUCCAGCCAGGCAAUCCCACAGUUAGGGAAAUGGGCAGAGGAAGCCGACCUCUCAGAUGUGGCUUGCAAAAAGAAACAAACCCCACAAACUGGAGGAAUCCCUAGCAUAAUUUACUGAAGAAAAAAAGAUAUUCUUGUCUUACAUUAAGUUGUCCAUCCCCGGACCUACCUUAAAGGGUAGACAGUUUAUGCAAAAAAUAGAGAAGAGUCACAGGCAGUUUUCAAGAGAUAGAAUGUGCUAGAAUGUCCUUAAAACACAGCAGAGGCUCUGCUCUGCCUCUCCUAGCUCCUGCAAGGUUCCCAGGAAUUCCUGGUGUUCUGGGACACCUGACUGCAAUAAUUGGAGGAGUCCCCCUCCUGCCCACCUCUCCAGUCCUUCCCAACCCCUCCACCCCCAUUCAUCCCAGUCUGGCCUUUCUCUGGCUGUGAUGUGAUGAGGUGGUUGGCGUCAGCUUCCCAGGGAAGACUUACGUGCCCUCUGAGUCCUAGAUAAUGCGUGGAAGUUCUUCAGAAUACAUAGUCCCACCCUAUGACCCCUGUCAACUCUUUGUCAGUGAGAACAGGGCUUUGAGGUGGCAUGAAACUUAGCCCAGAGAGAGAUAGAAGUUGAUAGGAGACCCUACUCUCCCUUCUUCCCCUUCAGGGAGCCUGAGGCUGCCCAUUGAGAGCUGUGUAUUCAAGGGCUGCCUUCCCUUCCAUGACUCAUUUUACCUGAAACUAUGAGAGGGCAAUUGUAUUGAAGAGGGAAUGUCUAAUAUAUAAUGUAUAUUCUAAAGCAGAUACUAUUUGAGUAGGUAGGUGAGUGGGUGUGUGGGUCCAAGGGGGCUUGGAGGCACAUGAGUCUGAUCCCUCUGCACAGACGUAGGAAAACCUGGCCUGGGAACUCUGUGCUAACGGCAUCAAUGCACAGCCCCCAGAGGCAAGUCCCUAAGCACCACCAGUGGCAGUGUCAGGCUUCUCCCUGGUCCCCAUCUGUCUGGGCCCUUCUCCCUGGUCUGCACCUCCCUGGUCCCCAUAACUGUCCUGGGAGCUCAGUCCUGACAGCACAGCUACCUCUGGUGGCAGGAGAAGAGAGUCCCCACUCGGUGGCCCUGCAGCCAGGUGGGCAGGUGAGGCUAGCUGAGAGGGCCAACAUUUCCUAGACCUUUCCUAGCCGAGGCCCCGCAGUGCCUGACCAGCCUUUCUCAGGUGCCAACACCCACCUGUGGCCCUCAUUUAGUGCCAGCAAUAAACAAGGAUCACUGCCCACUUCAGGAAUACCUUCACUUUCAAUCAGACUUGCUGUGACCUCACAAGGCUACUUAGUAUAACUAUGACCAUGCUGUGGAGGUAGCCACUGGGAGGCAGUUGCUCAGUGUUGACUCCCAUGGAAGGUGCAGGCAGGAAGGACCUCCAGGCUACAGAGAAGAGGCAGUAGAUUCCCUGCCAGGGCCUCUGACUCUAGGAGUUGGGUCUCUUGCUCCUCUUCCUCUAGCAGUGGAACUGCUGCCCCUUAUCCAUAUCUUAUUCUUUUAGGCCUUUUUCCAGUCCUCAAGGAGGGGACCCAUUUCUGCCCUCCCUCCAAGGUCCUGCCUACACCAUGGCAGAGCUAGAAUUAGUCCCCUUUCAAUGAGCAGUCUGGUCAUGCUUGCUUGCCCAGGGUCCAGGUUUCUGUUCUCAUGCCCCUGCCCCUCAGGAGAGGCAAAGUACCCAAGUACCUACACCCUGGGGGCAGGGCCCCAGUUCCCCCACAAAACUGGCUUUCAUGGAAAACAGUGGCUUCCAUUGCCCUGUCUUAUUUCUCUGGCUUCUCUUUGAGGGAGAAAAAUGCAAGAAAUGCACUGAGAGACAAGGUGGGUGUCUGUUCAGCUGGGCAGCCAUGUGAAUGUUGGUGCUCCUCAGCUAAGGAAAAGCAGAAACUACAUUGCAAACUCUCAAACCCACAAAACCCUCCUGAGCCCAGACCUGGAAUUCUUGCCAGAGCUGUGACAGCUCCUAUCACAUAAAAUCCCCACACCUCCCACCCACUCUAUUGCUACCCUACCUCUCCCAUAAGCAGGUGACCACAAAAGCAUUUCCCAAAUUAAAUAUCAGGCACAUGGUUUAACCACUAAUCUUUUAGAUGUGUGAAUUUAUUUAUAUGAAUGUUCUUACAGAGACAAAUUCAAUCACAUUUACACAUCUGGUUAAAGAAUCACCUAUCUUAAAAAAAGAAAAAAAAUAUUUGAAAUGAAUGAGGAGGGAGCUCAGGAGCCAAACAUCAGCUGUGUCUGGAAUCUUACCUGAGGUACUCCAACUAUGUGGGUCUCCAAUUGAGUUCAUUCUCAAAGUUGACAGCUCUGCACUGACAUCUGAAGCUUCAAAGUGGUGCCAUGGGAGCAGGGCAGAUGAACUGGGUUUGGAAGGGAUAGUAGGUCUCACAUACAGCCUGGCCUUGAAAGAGGUGAGAGGAGGGCAUAGGCUAGCUAGGGAAGAGACCCCAGAGAUGCAGCUGAUCCAAACUCACCUGGAGGGAUAAACACAACAGGAUACUAUACCCAAGCACUGAUGUGAACACACCUCUCCCUGUACCCCAGAGGUCAUGCUGGCCCAUACAGAAAUGGGUUUCAUGCCGGAAAAUCUUUCUAAGCAAAGAUGUCACUUGUAGCCAGUAUGGGGGUUCCAAGUCCCAAAGGACCCCAUUCUUUUGCAGGGAAUGGGCAGCCUCCCUUCCACCGAGCACAGACCCCAGCUUCCCCCUCAGUUUCUAGAGGGAGGACUGGGGGUCAUGGCAAGAGCACAGAAAGGUGCUCUGGACACCCACCUUGCUCUGCUCAGCACCCUGUAGCAAGAUUUUUUCUUUCUCUCACCACUGCUAAUAUAAACCCAUUAGGAUCACAAUGAUUUUCUAAACAAUUCACCUGUUUGCUUUUGUCACUGCAGCUCAACACACACCUUAAUGUAUGCUGUUAGUGGGGAAACAUGUAUCAGUUUAGAACUAUUAAAGUAAUCAAUAUGCCACAGCUAAUCCUAAUAAACCAGAUGUUUUUUAA